CAAUAAUCAAGAUGUCCGACUGGCUCAGUCGGUCGGGCUUUACACAGAUUUGUGUUAUACGUGGAACUGUCUCAUUGCCCGGUGCGGGUAAUGGGGCAGGUGAGCUACAACUCUGGUAUCAUGAGAAGAAAAACCAGUAUCUCAUUUAUGCCCUCAAGACAACGGGAGAUGACGAGUUGGUAUGUAAGUCAUUGAUGUUUUACUCUUUCACAUCCAGUUUCAAGAGUGCAGUGACAAAAUCAAAUCGUCAUUAACAAAGAAGUCGAAAUUUCAUUUCGUCCAAUACUUAACACAAAUAGUAUCAUGUGAGAGUACUGGUAAAGUGGUUUCACCCAGGUGCUCAAGAGUAAGAACUAAAAUAAUUUUAUAGAUUCAUAAUUGACUCUGGGAGUGAUAGGGUUUUAAAUACGGUCAGUGUUAAACAAAGACUGCGGACUGCGGACUGCAGACUGCGGACCAGGGGUAAAAUGCAGACUGUCUGUAAAAUGAAGACUGCAGACUGAGGGUAAAACGCAGACUGGGGUAAAAUGCAGACCGAGCAUAAACUGUAGUCGUGGAAGGGUUUAAGGGCAGAAAAAUCCCGCAAAAUACAUAUAAAUGAACACUUACUUGACGACAGCAUCUGCUUUUACAAAUCCAUUCCUUUCUUCUCUGGAACGUCAUUGACGACCCGAAAACAUAAUAGCAAUCUUGAACCUUUUUUUCCAUCCGAGAGACUUCACGCUUCACGCGUUUUCGAUAUACAUGACCAGGGACCAUGAAUUGGUGCAACACCACGAUGCUUACACUUAAAUGAAAGCUGCUGGCCCAAAAUACUGUACAGGAAGAAUAUGGCGACAAAAAAGGGAGUAACUGCAGGAAGUCUGGAUGACCUUCUAUGAAAGUAUUGCAAAUCAAAGUACACAGACUUAAGCUGUUCGGAUGUUCAUUGAAACUUCUUGCAAAUGUGCAAUGCACUUUGACUAGGAAGCGAAGUAUGUAACUGAUACAGUACCGGCUAGCUAUUUCACCGAUUUGGAGAAGAAGGAGCACAAAUGUUUAAAAAUGUCUACAGUCUUUAUUUUGCAUUUUGCACCCAGCCUGCGUUUUACUCUCAGUCUGCAGUCUGCAUUUUACACUCAGUCUGCCUUUCACCACUGGUCCGCAGUCUGCAGUCUGCAGUCUGCAGUCCACAGUCUGCGUUUUACACUGGCUGGUUUAAAAUAUGCAACCUCUCACGCGAAAACGUACACUAACGGUUUUGUGUUAAACGGGCCAAAACAAUGGCUAACCAACGGGUAGCUAACGGUUUCUCCAAUGGCUUUAACUGCUCUCUCAACGCUUUCAAUGGGUGUGCAAAAACUUUCAACGGCUUGUAACUUUUUCCAAAUGGUUUGUGAUGAUUUUUCCAAUGCCUUUUCAUAGCGCUUUCAACGGGUUGACUAACGGCUUAAUUUUUUUCAACAGUUAAAGGUUUUUAACGGCUUCUUCAUGAUUUCCAAUGCUUUUCAACACUUUCAACAUUUUACAAUGCACUUGUAUAAUAUUAAUUUUCAACACUUCCCGAACAAGGAGCUGAACAGCUUUAAUUUUAAAAGGUUAAUUUAAUAGCCACAAGAAAAAAGCUUAAGUCUUAAACAGAGGUAAAAGAAAAUCAUUUCAUGGUAAACUGCAUAUCUGUGAUCAAAUCCUGUCAGAAAACAUCUGCAGAAACAUAAACCAUAGGAAUUGAUUGCUCAAUAUGCAUGGAACAGACCAGCUUCCUAACCUCUAAAAACGAGACUCAAAGCAACAAAAAAAAUUGCUCAGUCGUAGUGUAGGCAAUUAAAGAGAGCAAGAAAAACCUCUGUUGUUCAAGCUGACUCUACAGUCAUGUUUCGCACUAUCACAAGCUCAAUCUCUCUUGUCACGAGCUACUAGUCGUUUUUGGCCUUUCAACACUUGAUUAAAAUUGUACUAAUCACAAAAGUUUACAACACUUGACCAGUUAGCCUCAGUAUCUACACCAUUGAUCAAAGUUUUGCCUAUUUCUCUACUACUGAGGUAUUCACUUGUUCCAAAGUAAUCAACACUUUCAAUCGAUAGAAUUUGCGGACCAAUCUAUUCCGGAAAAGCUCUAAAUCUUUAUCAUUAAUCUUUCCUAAGCUUCCUUCAGAAAACAUGCGUUGCUCCAGUCGUGCCGCUAUAAUAUUCUUAUCCGCAGUUGCCAUGGUCUCUGCUAUUGUUCAACCCUGGGACCAUGACUCCCAUUUUGUGGACUGAAUACAAAGCAAAAAAUGGCUUGCAGAUUCUGAGUCUCCAAUCGAGACUAACUAGAAUGGGAAUGAAUAACUGAAAGGUUAAUUUAUUUUUCUAGUUUUAAAAUCGACAAUCUAUCUCCUUCAUACAGUGAUACACUGCUAAUAAUUAAUUGAUAUACUAUUAAUAAUUAUCAAACAAAGACCUCUAUAUGCAAGGAAAAGCUAUAAACAUUGGACACUGUUUGAAGAUGAACUAGACAACAGAAGGUGUAUACUGGGCUGCCAUAAAACCUAGACUAGAUAGAAAUUGUGCAUUGUAUGAAAACAAUUAAGUUUACAACAACAGGCAGCACUGACAGCAUAUGAAAGGAAGAAGUUAUAAAUUACCCUGCUAAACCCAUUCCUAUCCCAUACACCACCCCAACCCACGGGUCUCAUUAAACUGUUUGAACUGAGACUAUAAAUAGAUGAUUGAAAGUUCCAAUGUUAUUGAUGGUCAAUACAAAAAAAGCUAGGUGGGUAUACCAUGUGGCACAAAAUUUUUGAGGGAGUUUAUUUUUGUGGAUUGGUAAUUUUUCUGUUUUGUGGAAACUACUUUUUGCAAUUAGGACACACUGGCUUUUCCUGCUGAGGAUUAAUUUUUGUGAUUUUCAAAAAGUACCCAGUACCUUCCCUGCUAUAUGCAAUAGAAUGUAGCAGAGGUCUCUCACAACAAGGCAAAAAUGAGAGAAAAAAUGAGAGACCUCUGCUAGCUGGGAAACAGCACCCAGCAUUGAUAUAAUUUUUGUUCUUGCUAUUUUUGCAAUCAGGGUGCAAUAGAAAUACCCUAUUUCCUUGAAUAAUAGCUGUCCCUCGAUUAAUUGCCUUCCUCGAAUAACCGCCCCCUUAUACAGAAAUAUUUAAAAUAAUUGCCUCUCUCGAAUAAAUCGCUCCCUUUUUGUGCGAAAAAAUUAUAAUUAUCCCCAGCUAUUAUUUGAGGAAAUACACGGUACAUAUUUCAAAGAGUACUACGGGUAAUGGGGACCUUGUGUAAAACCAGUAAUUCAUUGUAUACUGUUUUGUUUCUGAAUGAAAGACGCAAGUUGUGAUUGAACAGACACAAUUUCUUAGGACUGUAUUUUUGUCUAGCAAAUUUAAGUUAGAGUAUGUUUACUCAGGAGUAAAUUUUGCUGGAAAAAUGUUUGUGGUAAUUUUUUUGGCGGGAACUUAUUUUUGCAGAUCGCUGGAAAAAUCGCAAAAAUUACAUGUGCCACACGGUAUCUCUUGUUUAUCUAAACUUUGUUUGUUUUGUUGUCAGCUUGUCGUCAUUUUUGCGGAAAGAAAUUAAAAAAAUUGUCCCGUUCGUAGGAGAAAGGCUUCAGCGCAUCUGAAAUUUUCUGUAAUCGUGUGCAAUACCAUUGAGCUUAGUUAGAGCAGCCAAACAGAGAUAAAUUGUCUUAAACCAAAUUGGUUCGAUGGGGACAGAGUUUUUAAGCCGGGAAAAGGUUUUUUUAGUUACAUUGUUAGUAGUAUUUUAUAAGGUUUGAUUUCAAUCACUCAAACCGACCAGAUUAAAAUGAACUCAUUCAAGGUUUUGAACAAUAAUUGGUGGGGGGAGGUGGGACACGAAAGGGGGUUCCUUUUUUAGGCUUCAGGUAUAAAAAAGGGGGAGAUUUCCCUACCUGAUGUAUAUUAAAGGUAGGGAAAUGCAACAUUUCAGUCUGUAAAAAGGCCCAAAGAUCAUAACUUUGAGUCGCUUGGAGCUCCUUAGAGUGUACUCUGCUGAAGUCCGCUGCCUAUUCUACGCAUACUCUUAUAUCUUGCACACGUGCUGAACACGCCAGAGUGUUAUUUGUGUCAGAAGAAAAAACCAAGCCCAUUUUAUAACUUGGCUGUGCCACAGGCAGCCCAGUAAUAAAAAAGAAUUCCUCUCUUUAUCGCAGAAAACAUACAAUGUAAUUUAUUCUUCUACAUAGAAGUAUAUUGGAACAACAUUUUUGAAGAAAAUAUUCUCUUCAGGGCCUGGGGCCCAACCAAGUUAGAUAACAGAGAAUUCCAGGGUGUGGGGUGUUUGAUAGGAACUCCUAAAAUGGAAAUUAUAGCAGUGUGGGUGGUGUAAAGCAAAAGUGCCCUCCAUAGAGGGGGUGGGGGGUGAGGGUAUGGAUGUUUUCUGGAACUACACAUUAUAGUCAGAGUUUACUUUACUUUAAGUUGUGAGUCAGGCAAGAAAUAACCCUUGUUUGUAAUAUGUUUUCAUGGUAAAAAUAAUAUAGUAUUAUGAAGUCUUAAGUUUGCAUUUUUACUAAUUUUUUUGCAAUAUUAUUUCAACUCAAUUGCUUUAAAUGUCAGAAAGUAGGUAAAUUAAUUCCCUGAAAUUGAUUUCUUGGGAUGGAACCCAUUAGUUUAGUAGGAUAAAGAAAAAGUUAUCCAUCUGUGAUGUGUUUAUGUCCUCCAUAAAGUGUCCGCUGACAGAGGGAAUUUUAUGUGGCCUUUAUGCAGUGAUGUCAAAAAAAUGUACAAAAUUUAAAGCGUGCUGUAUUUGCAGACUUCUUGUUUUGCCUAGUAGAUGUAUUGCUUUGUUGUUGUCUUUGUUACUGUUGCUGUUGUUGUUGCUACAGCUCCCUAUUUUGAUUUGAAGGGGAGCAUGCAGUGUCAUGACAUAAUUAUGGAAAAAUACAAAAUGUGUAAAUUUGUAUUAUGUGAAACUAGUGUACUGGUUAUUAUGAAAGAGUUCCUGUUUUGUUAAGAGGUACUUUUUACACAUACAUGUACAGUGUAAAGUGCAAUGAAACUUUCAUCAUUGAAUAAAGACAUGAAUAAAGAAAAAUUAUGAAUAUUUUGAUAUUUGAAAACUCAGUGAGGCUAAUAUUAUGAUGACAGCUUGAAUCAUUAUUGCAUCUUGACCAAUUAUAUUGCUAAAAAAAUAUUUUGUUCUUUUCUUUUUUUCCAUUUGUAAUAAAUGGAGUCAGGAAUUUGCGUUUAGGAGGGUACAUAAUGCAUCCAUAAAGGUCUUUUAUUCUUGUCAAUUUAUGUGAUUUUUCUAGAACAAGAUUUUAAUAGAUCAAUCGAAAAUUUACAUGUAUGGUACAAAGAUUUACAACAAGUUUAGAAAGUUAGAAAGGAUGGUACAUGUUUCACAGCUACGUAGCAGAUACAUUUAAGAGUCAAGUUUGUUUAAUUAAAAAGUAGAUGUUUUUAAAUAAUUACUGUGACUUAAUCUUAUGGAUCAAAUUGGCCAAUGGCAUAUUUUUUAUUUUUAUUGAAACCACAGAUUUCACAGUUUUUUACAAAUUUUUUAAACACUACAAUCUGUCACCAUUUAGGCGUUAAUGUACCAUUCACAGGGUGCAACAAAAGUGCUAUCUGAUAGCCCAGGGCUAGUGAAGCAACUCUGGGGUGUCCUGUGAGUAUAAAGCAGCAUUAAAUUUUGCCAAGAUAAAGAGUAAUCUAACAUGCUACAGAAAAGGUUUUGGUUGACCAGCAUGAACGCUGUAAUGUGGCUACUAAACUUCAGAAACAGCUUACCCAAAGGGCAAAUGAGUUUUGAUUUUUAUCUCACCCUAACAAAGGAGCUGUGACAUUAAGCAAUAGUAAGGGCGGAUUUAGGAGUGGGCAAAUACUCUGUAAGCUUUCCUUGGGUUUCUGAGCCUGAAAUUGAAGUAGCAGUGACAAAAACAAACUGCAUGUACACUGCUAGUUAAAAGUAGUUCAAGAAACUUCCUCCAAGGCUCUUCAUGGCUUGCUGUCAUCUCUUUCUAAGCCACUGUAUGACUUUGUCAUUUUUCUUUUUUCAAAAUGUGGGUAUGAUUGCAGGUCAUGUUUUUACUAUAAAGUCCUAUUUCAUUAUACAGUACCAGUAUGAAAAUCAACUCGUUUUGGGAUCUGAAUAUUAUUUAUCGAGGUCCCCAAAGUCAGCAGCCUAUGUUAUUUAUACUAUAUAUGGGUACUUUAAUUUUUGUUUCUGUUCAUAUCAUUCUCACAGUUCCCUUUCCCUGUUUGUUUGGUGAAGCUAAGCUCUGUUAGGCGGGGUUAGUACUGGGUUAGGUGACACCUUUUGGGAUAUUAAUAUACCGUAUUUAUUCGAUUAACCGCCCUGGGCGCUUACUAAAUUUUUGGACCUUGAGGGUGGGCGCUUUAUUCGAGGCUGGGCGCUUAUUAAAUUUUCACCAUUUUCAGCAAGUGUGGUAUGUUUAUUUUGCAACAAAACAACAAAUGCUGGUAAUAACAAAACGUGAAUCAUGUAACAAAGCAAGGUUUCCAUACAAAUGCUCUGUGAAGAAAACUCUGUCUUCGGGGAAGUCUCAGUCUUAUUAGAACUUAUUCAAUUUCAAUCUCACUGUCACUCAAGUGGGUGGGGUGGGCGCUUUAUCGAGGUGGGCGCUAAUUCGAGGUUGGGAGCUUAUUCGAAUAAAUACGGUACGGUACUUUGACUUAAAGUUAAUUUUUCAAAAGAAAGUAGUUUCAUUUUUUAAACAUGCCUAUAAAAUAGAGUAUAUUGUUCCAUGUAAAAGUUUUAGAGGGAGAAGAAAUUGCAAAGGACUUUCUUUGAUCAUAUGAGUGCGUUAUUGUAAGUAGUUAGGGGAAGUGGUGAACUAGAGCUGACCUGAUUUUAUAGUCUUACUUUUUAUAUCAUUUGGCUUGUUUAUAGCCUGUGGUAAAGCCUGCCAACAUAUCUUGUUUGUAGAUUACCACAGAUAUAGUUGGUUUAAAGACGGUUAAAAUUGUCUGUGGUGAGGCCUACAUGUAGCUUGUUUAUAGUACAGUAUUGUUGUAAAGUGCAAUGAACUCAACCAGAGUCCCGGAAAAAUGUGCACAUAAUCUUUGUAUUUAUUACCUCUUUUGAAGGGAAAAGUGACCUCUGUUCAUAGGAAAGAGACACUUUUUCUGGGUCCGGAAACCUGGGACCAUUUUCACCUCCAUUAUUUCAGGAGACACCUCGGCACUCAAAAGGUGACUGACCACAAAGAGGACUGAUAUCUUUAAGUACACACUAAUCAAAAAUGGAAGCUUUCACGAAAUGAACUAUGUCACAUAAAUCAAUGAAAUGCACUUUUGUGAAUUCAACAUAUAACAACCGUGACGGUGACAGCCACGAAAACGUCACUUAAAAAGUGAACUUCCAUUCUUUCAAUCUCUAUUGCAAUUACUCCAACUCAUUUACUUUGCCAAUUGCAAGCAAAGUCUUUUUGAGCUGAAUUCCUAACAAUCAUAUUCAAGUUCAGGAAGAAAAAGAAAGUUUAGCCGUCGCUUGUUUACGUCCUCCAUAAAACGUGAAAUUUGGCAUUUUCCUGUCCUAGUCGUGCAGUGAUGGCAACAAAAUGUACAAAAAAGCGUGAUGCACGUGCAGAGUUGUUGCUUUCCCUAUUCAUUUCAACCUACUGCUUUUUUGAUGUUCUCCUUGUCGUCACCGUUGUGGCAUCUUAAAGUCCCUAAUGAUGAUUUUUUAAUGCUGUCUUUGUUAGUUAAUUAUUAACAAACUCCAGCCCAACCUCUAAUCAGGGGGAACCUCUAUUAACGGGACUCUUGCUUUGGUCCUGAGGGUGUCCCCUGAAUAGAGGUUUCAUUGUAUUUGUUUUAUCUAUUGCUUCAAGUUUAAUGUUUUUGUUUUCACACCUCACUUAAUAACUUUCUGUGCGUUGCACUGUGAGCCUGUCGACUUUCUUAAGCGGUAUUAUUAGUCUUUGAUACCUAAGACUUUUUUAUGCGCCAUUUCUUGCAUACUGUACGCUACGACAAUGGCCGCUAUUGUUAAGUGAAAUUUACACUGUGUUAUAAAGUUUUUCUUCAGGUAUUAUUAAGUCAAUCCGAUAACGAUUUUGUUAAGUGAAAUUUACACUGUGUUAUAAAGUUUUUCUUCAGGUAUUAUUAAGUCAAUCCGAUAACGAUUUUUUUGUGUGUCUUGCAUAAAGAUAUUUAUCAUCUUAACUGAGUUUUUUACCACUUAUUAUCUCCCUUUGUUCAAAUUGUAAUCUUUCAUUUACUGUUGGGGAGAGAAGAUGUUGCCUGGCUUGCUCAUGGUAGGGAAUUAAGGGAGAUGUGGUGUUGCCCUCUACCUAAAGGUCUGGGGACGAGCCAGGGACCACAUGGUCUAGUGUAUACUGGGCAGACCUCAUAGGGAUUGGCUGGGAAAACAAUGAACAAACAAAGUAACAAUGGAACCUAGCCCGAAACAAAAGAGCUGCGACAUAUAGGAAUCCAAACAAAUUAGAUGUUCUAAAGAGCUGCAAGGCUACUGUUAUGACAAAUGAUUUUGAGCUGAACAUAUUGAACAAAUUUUGCUGUUUACAACUGAUGGCGCACCUGUUUAUAAUGCUACUAGUGAAAUCUCGUUUCAAUUGACUGUGAAAAUAGUUGUAUUCAGUUGUUAUUUUACGGUACAGUAAACACCCGCGGCAGGCCGCUAAUAAAGUGGUUCGUGUAUUUUGGGGUACUUCAGUAUUGGCAAUUUAGGCUAAGUAGGUUCAUAAUUAGGUUCGUAAUUUUUAUGAAGGAGAUAAUAGAGUUGAUUAUCGAUUACCAGAAAAAUAAAUAAGCUUUGUAUUUAUUCAAAAUUGUGUUAUUAUAACCCUAACAAAACUGAUUACCGAAUUAAUAUAUUGUUUAGUACAGUAUGUUUUUCUUGUACUAAAAUGUACAGCUCAAAGUUACCGUAAAAUUCCGAAUAUAAGCCCCGGGGCUUAUAUUUUUCAAAGGCCGUUUUUGAGGGGCUUAUUUUUGGAGGGGCUAAUAUUCGGAGGGGCCUAUCUACGGAAGGAAAUUUGCUUUUCAAAAUCGAUUGGGCUGACCUUAUAGUUUAAAGGAAAUUUUCUGUUUUUGCUUUGUUUUGCUUUGCAUUAGUAUUUGAGGGCAAUUUCCAAGUACUAGCCCCCCGGGGGGGGGCUUAUAUUUGGAGGGACGAUUUAACGGAGGAUUUUUUGCUUUACGAGUUUGGGGGGGCUUAUAUUUGGAGGGGCUUAUACACGGGGGGGGCCUAUUUUCGGAAUUUUACGGUACACUCCUUUGCUAAAUUGUCUGUAAGCCAGAUAUAAGAACCUGCUUGAUCUUGCUUGGGUAUUUUUGGGUAUUAAGGUGACAUUCUGCUAGGAGGUUCUUAAUCCACCGGUUUGUAGUAGUGGUUGUUUACUGUAACUGUCUCUGUAGUGAAACCAGUCAAACCUGUAUUAAGCGGACCUCUAUAAGCGGUCACCAAUUAAAGUCCUGCAAAUAGUUUCCCUUAAUUAUAAAAACUGAUCUAUAUUUAGCAAUUACCUCUAUUAAGGGGCCGUAGUCACCUGUUUUCGAGGUGCCAAUGAGUAAUUUGUUAUUUAACAGUUAAUGAAUGAGGCUGAGUAUCUUAUGAAGAAUUAUGGAGAUCGAGGAGGGUGUUAUCCGUCGAGGCCGUAGGCCGAGGCGGAUAACACCUCCGAGAUCUCCAUAAUUCUCCAUAUGAUACAAAAACCGAAUUCAAUAACUGUUUUAUUAUUCAUUCAAAAUAAUUCCCAGUUUAAAAACACAGCUAAAACAUACUUACCUCCAUCGAUCCAUCGAUGUUCAGUUCAUCUUCGAUACUGUACGUUUAGGUUUGUCCAGCUCCGCAAAUAUUCUCCAAAUAGCAGAUGUCGCUCUUCGAGUUGUCUUCUUGCUGUUCUUGCCAUGUUUGUAGCUAUUUUUUCGCCUAGUUCUUACUCUUGAAACGAGUGAAAUGUCCGCCAUUUUUUCAAUUUCACAACCAAAACAACUCAACCUCGUCCCCAGGUCUUCUCGGUUAACGGUGCCUUAACCUGCGAAAACGCUGCAUUUUUGACGUCAUUUCCUCGUUAAAGUCGAAAUUCUUCCAAAUCUGGUCAUCAGUAACUGGUUAUGGUGAAUUAAACGUGUGCUUUUAGCCAAUCAGAAUCGGGGAAAUAUUUUGAAUGAAUAAUAAUUUCUUUUAUCACCUCUAUUAAACUGUCCCUUUGACAAGAUGUGCCAUACUAGUGCAAAAUGAUACACUGUGUAGGGCGUUGAUUGUUCCUCUAUAGACUUGCCAACGGCCCCCAAGAGCAAGAAAUGUAAGAAAGUAGUUAGAAAUGGGUAGAACGUCGUGAGAUGUCCCAAAGAGAUUCGGGCAUCUCACGACAGCAUCGGUGGUAAUUUUAAUACUGAAAGAUAACAACUAAACCACAUUUUGGUACCUUAGGCCGGGUCAACAAAGAUGCUCCUGAAACGACAAAUUUAAAAGCUGGAAAGGAUAGAUCUUUUUGGGUUUUUUUUGGUCCGUACAUUAAGUUGAGGACCGAAAAUUUACCAAUCGUAGAACAAGAAAUAUAAGUUAUGGUGAAAAAAAAAUAAUGAAAAUAUAAAUAAGAACGUUCUUGACAAAUGAUUUUGAGAGGAAUAUAUUGAACACUUUUUGCUGUAAGUGGGGGCAUAACUGUUUAUCCUGUAGCAAGUGAGAUCCCAGUGAAAUGGGGUGAAAUAGUUGUGUUCAGUUGUUAUUUUACAAAAACGGCCAUUAUCUUUCCUUACCGUUUCAGUUUAACAUUCUGCCUGAAACUACAAUGAGGGUCACGGAGGGUACAUUUACGAUUAGUUAUAGUGGACAUUGUCAGCUCAAACUAAAAGAUCCUGAUCCAAAUGAACUUCAGCUGUUUAUUGACAAGAUGCCCGCCUCUAUCAAAGGUAAGAGUGUGAAAUGUAAUUUUUCAAAACUUUGUUUGGUUUUGGUUUUAGAAUAAAGAGGUACAUGGUUGAACCUCUGUACAAAUGCAUGGAAAUAGGCAGAUCGAGAUUAAUAUGGUGAGAGUAGCUAUAGUUAUUUUCGUUUUGCUUUUUAGAUAAAAAGAGGAAUGUUAAGGUUACACUUACUGUAUGUACGUAAGUUUAGAAACAGGGAGCUCAAGCUUAUGGCGAGAGUAGUUAGUUUGUUGUUUUUGAAUUGAGAAACAUAUGGUUAAACCUGUACUUUUGUAUGGAUAGCUGGACGUAGAUAUUUAAAACUGAAUUGAUGAGUGAAAUAUCCAGACCUUUUUUAUAAACAUUAACGCUUAUGAAUUUGGUCAACCGGAAUCCUCGCGUCAAAACAUUUUUCUUUUUUAACAGCGUCAAAGGGUGGAAGACUACUAGAACACCAUUUAUCUGCUUAAAAGCGUCAACGCUUGUUGAACACGAUAUCGGGCUGGCCCCAAUUCUAGUGCUUAGCAGUCAACAAAUCACAUCAUAUUUAAGACUAUAAAAUGAAAGCUUAGAGUAAAACAUUAGUCUGUAAUUCAGAUAUCAACUAAAGCGAACCUCUCCCUCGCCCAGGAGCCGGUUCUACCGCCAAAAUUUCCUCUGAGACCCUGACUCGUUCCCAGUCUUCUCUUAUCAUUUGUAAGCGGUCCCGGAGUCGUCCCGGAAUAAUCACGGGCGAGAGCCAGAGACUAUAACGGCAUCUCCCCAGCGCUUCUCUCGUUUAAAAAACAGGAGACUAAGAGAUGACUGGGAAUGAGUCAGCCUGAGACCCGCCAAAGCAAAGAUCAGCCCAAUUGCGUUAUACACGGGAUAGAGGGGCGCUUUCCAUUCAACAAAGAUUCCGGUUCGAAAUUUCGGAAACUUCACGCGCUCAAUGGAACGAUACAUUCCGGUUGCACAGACCCGACCCAAGCCACCGCGCGUUUUGUUGUAGUGGCUUCGCAGCACACUCAUAUUACGUUCUAAAAGAGAAAAGUAAAUACUGUUUAUAUCCUAAAGAACACUCGACUUUCGAAAAGGGGCGGUGGAAAACUAAAGGCGGAGGAAUCCUAUUUCGUGUAGAAAGCCUAUGAAUGCAAGUGAAGGUAAAAAAUUCUUGUGAAUUGAAGCGAUACGUUUCUGGAAUAUUUGAACGAUUCGAAGCAAUUCCUGGAACUGUACGGUAAAUAAAUUCGGUGUUUUAGCCAAUUUGUAUUCAGCCAGGCUUUGUUGUAUUCAUUUCAGCUUAAUUGAUAAAUUGCUUUAGUUAAAUAUCGUCGACACGUUUCAGACAAGUAAUACGCUGAUUCUCACAGACUUUUAUACAAUUGUGGCUUGCUUACACACACUCUUUUUCACCUACGUGUCGUGUUGCGUCAGUUAUUUGACACUGUUAAUGGCAAAUAUCAAAAAUCGAAAACAAUUGCAACUGAUUCAAACUAUUUGAGAUGUCAUGGCUUUACUCACAGUACUUGACUUUCCACUGGAAACUACUUGUUCUUGUAAGAAGGAUAGAAAAGAGCGGUACUGGGGACAACAAUUUGGCAAAUGGAAAGGGACAUUUCGGUCCGACCGACCGAAAUGACCAGACCGGUCACAGUGGACCACCUUCAAAGCUGGUCCCGAAUAUUCCGGUCGGACCAAACCGAAAUGGUCCGUUCCAUUUGAUGAACCAACCGAAAUUUCCGGACUUUUGGGUUCGAUGGAAAGCGCCCGAGAUUUAUCCAGCGGAUAACGCUAUCCAUCGAUUGAACAACCCCUGCUUGGUUCUUACAGCCUUGUGCGCUUGUUAUCGUUAUACAAUAUAUUCGAAGAAACCACUGCCCGGAGUCGACCGUAGGUUGGAUGUUAUAGCGCGCAGGCGUCAGCAACGCGGUUAUAGAGUCCCGAUUUAUAUCUAAGUUUUAUCUAGGUUAUGAGUUUUGCAUCGCAGGAUAUAGAUUCACGAUUCAUUUUUUUCAGUCUGCGUAAGAAGAACAUAAUUCUCUGUUUUUAGACACUCCCUAGCAUAUGUGCCUUAUACCUUGUGAUAAAGAAUGCAACAGAUUACGGCCAGUAUGUAGUCCCGGACAAUAAGUUUUAUCUAGGUUCUGUCUAGGGUUUGAGACUGAGAAACGUUCUGCUUCACUGAAUGAUAGGAUAUAGAUUUGCAACUCGUUUUUUCAAUCAGUGUUAAAAGGACGCCCCUUAUGUGUCUUGUAAUAAAGAAUGCAACACGUUUUUCUUGGAUACUUUUCAGUGGUGAUUCGUAUUAGACGAUGAAGUAUAUCAAUGAAUCGAUAGGAAAUCGCAGUUGACAACUUGACCUGUGUGAAAGCUUAUAUGUUUUACUAAAGUUCUGUUUAUAGUUAAAGAAUUUAGUCACAGUUUACAUUUUGUCACAUAUUCCUUUAGUAUAAAGUUUUUUGCCAUUUGAGUUACAUUUCGCGAUAGAAAGUUAUUGCAUUUUGUGUUAAAGAGUUGUUGCAUUACGAUUUGAUGUUACAUUUGCUUCACAUGUUGUUACAUUUUGCGCCAUAAACUUCGUCUCUUCCCACCCCCACCGACUAUAACGAGCAGUCCAACAUUGUUUUUUGUGUUUUCUUUAGGCCAAGGCUAAACGUCGAACUUUUCAUGAGAUGAACCAAACUUAGUGAGUUAAGUUCAUGAAAGGUUCAACGUCUCGCUCAGUUAAGUUCAUGUGAAUGAGUUUGGAUCGUCCAGCACGUUCUAUCCCAACGGUCUGCUUUCAAUUUGUGUUUCCGUAAAUGUCUUUAAAUUUUCCGCGUAAUUUUAAUUUCGGACUGGAUCGUGUCGAAACGUUUUUAUAUGAAAUCGACUGAUGUAUCUAUAUGCCCAGUAACAUUUAUUAAGAUACAUUUGAAUGAGAACUCAUUCAGAGAAGGAGCUAUGUUCUUGAACACACACUUCAAUAUUUUGUGUCGGGGCGAAACGGAAUUCUGAAUUUCAUCGUCUUCAUCAAUGUCUCGUUUAUGCUCAUGUGUCGCUCAGUUUCAAGAGAGAAAUGCUGUGCACAUAAAAAAAGUAAAUAAAGUCAAAAUUUUUAAGUUUUCUUUUUUAUCUGACACUUAAUCAUUUCGCCCAUGUUACAUGGGUGAUUUUGAUUGCCUUGUUUUGUUUUUGUCAUAAAUUAUCUUUUCAGAAAAAAUGCAAGAUCUACGCGAAGCAAACUCGCCAAGCCGAAUCUCAGAAUUAGAGAGACAGUUGAGGGAUUUUCAGCAACGUGAAGGAAACUUCCUGAGACAGUUACGGGAGAUGCAGGAACGCGAAGAGAAUUUACAAAGGCAGCUCAGAGCAGUUCAAGAACGGGAUCAGUACUCUCAACGCCAGCUAACGGAGUUUCAGCAGCGUGAACAAAAUAUGCAGCGGCUGUUGAGAGAGCUUCAGGAACGAGAACAAAAUUCUCAAAGGCAGUUAACGGAGUUUCAACAACGUGAAGAAAAUUCUCAGAGGCAGCUAACGGAGUUUCAACAACGUGAACAAAAUUUUCAGAGACAGCUGACGGAGUUUCAACAACGUGGAGAACAUUCUCAGAGGCAGCUGAGGGAGUUGCAGCGGCAACUGAGGGAGAUAGGACAGCAGUUGACCAAUUGCCGAGGACAAGUUUCUGAACUACAGUUAAGUCUUUCAACAGCUCAGCAAACAAUAAAUCAAUUGCGGAACCAGGGAGCACGUGACUGGGUUAUUCCCCGUGACGAAAUUCAAAUCACAGAAAAAUGCCUUGGGAAGGGAGGUUGGGGAAUUGUCAAUGAGGGAACCUAUUGUGGCUGUACUGUAGCAGUGAAAGAAAUCCAUGAGUUGAUUCUCUCCCCUCAUAACAUACGUCUUUUUGAGAGAGAAAUGAAUAUUGCAUCCAAAUGUCGCCAUCCUCACUUACUACAGUUUAUCGGCGCCACAGUUGACGAGGGAAGUCCUCUGUUUGUGACCGAGUUGAUGGAGAAAAGUUUGCGGACUCUGUUAGAACAGCGGCAAUUGUCCGAAACAGAAAUACGCACCAUUUCUUUCGAUUUAGCCUGCGCACUGAACUAUCUUCACCAGAAGAAACCAGAACCCAUAAUUCACCGGGAUGUCAGCAGUGCUAAUGUGUUGCUAUGGCGACAGGAUGACCAAUGGAGGGCCAAAGUGUCAGAUUAUGGCACUGCUAAUUUUAUACAGCAGACCAUGACAGUGGCUCCUGGAGCUAUGAUUUACAGCGCACCUGAAGCACUUGCAUCAAAACAAACAGUAAAGGUAAGUAUUAGUGAACAUUCAAGACUUUUGACUUACUAAAAUUGUACAGCAAUGCUAACAGUGGCAGAAGUGAAAGUAACCCUUGUCCUUUCGGCCAAACUGGCCAUCUUGUCACUCCACAAACAAUACAACAUUCUGGAACUGAAAUGACCAUAUCGUUGUCAGGAGUGUUUGUACCUUGUUCUGCACUUUUUUUCACUCUUUUAUGUUCUUUUUCAUGCAUUUUGUCCACGUAAUUGGAGUUGUUAAUUUAUCUUUUCUCUAAAGACAACAGUUACAGGAUGGCAAAAGUUAGUUUUUUUAGAAACAAAACAUUUAAGCCAAGAACUUACCAUGGUGCCUUUUAAGGAUCUUCUGUUUUCUAGGCUUUUCUUAUCCAUUUAUCGAUAAUCAUCUAUUUCGUCUGAAUUCUCGAGAUUCUCCCUCUGUUGUUACUUUAACUCUUUUUGUAAUCGGUAUACCACUAACAAGCAAUGUAAAUAAAGAAUAUUCUGGCAUAAAGUCAUGAUUGUUUUUAGGUUGAUGUCUACAGCUUUGGUGCUCUUCUCUGUGAAAUGUGCAUCCGGGAACUGCCAGAUCCUACAAGGCGAGAAGAACAAGUCGUGCUGAUAACGAACGCUGUGUUUCGCGACCUGGUACGGCGAUGCCUGCAGAGAGAGCCUUGGACGAGACCAACCAUGCAGGGAAUAAUCGAUGAACUGAAAGAUGCCAAUGUAUCAUCUUAAUUGUAGUACCAAUGCUACACCAUAUCAUUGCCCCCGCAGGGAUUUCGCCCAGAAGGCGAAAUCCCGAGGAAGCACUCUAGUAACUCGCGCGUAUAUUAAGGAAAGUACUUACAGUUGAAAUAUAUAGUCAUACAGUCAAUAUAGAAAAAAAUCUCGAUUUGCUUGAACAGGGGCC